CACACGCUCCUGCACUAGAAACCAGACCCUGGGGAAUAAUAUCCAAAUCACCGGAUUACUAUCACGCAAUUCUUGUCUUAGAUUUGUUUUGCAAACAUGAUUCCUGAGGAAAGCUUCGGCUCAGACAUCAUGGAGAACAGGAUGCAGUCUGCUGGUCUGGCCCUAGAGGAGCUGCUGGUGACGGCCCAGAAACAAGACUCCCUGACUGUGGGCAUCUAUGAAUCAGCUAAACUUCUCAAUGCAGAACCGGACAGUGUGGUCCUGUGUGUUCUAGCAGCUGAUGAUGAAGACGACGUGGCACUUCAGAUCCAUUUCACUCUGCUUCAGUCAUUCUGCUGUGACAAUGGCAUCACCAUCUUGAGAGUGUCAGGGGUUCAGCGUCUUCAGCGGCUGCUCAGAGCUGAAGACUCCAAUAGAAACCUGGAAGAACAUGGAGACCUCCACUGCAUGCUGGUCACGAACCCCCAAGCAGAUCACUGCAGGCUCCAAGAGGUGGGGAUGUACUGCCAGGAGAGCCGACGCCUUGACCAGUGGGUGCCACAACUGGUCUUACAAGAGCGCUGAAGAGUCCAGCGCCUGAACACACGCACUCAGCAAACCACAGGAUCUGCAUCAGACACUGAUGAACUGAAGGAUCAGUUGGAACUCAUGCAGAGACGGCCUGAAGUGAACUCCUUAACGGAUGACAGGCAGAAAGAAACCAGGACUUUCAAGCCCUUUCAGAGUCAGUCGGAGAGGAUACUGCUGUACACAGUCUGUGCAAAAAAGACUCUAACAAGCUACCUUUAAACUGGUGUCCAGGCCACAUAUUUUUGUAUGAUGAAGAAAACACAAUAUAAGUCUAUUUUGUACCUCUGUUUGGUUACUCGCAUAGUUUUUGGGGUGUGUUAUUAUUCAGAGACAGGGGAGUAGUAGCUUUAAAAGCAAAACUGUCACACCCCAGUCUGUACCUGCAUGGCCCUUGUGUUUCUGUGGACUGGGCAGGAAUGCUGAGCAUAGUUUCACCAUUACAACAUUCCUGUGAUCUUACUUGGGAGAGUCCUUGGGGAGAAGGUGUGUGUGUGAAUGUGUGGUAUGCAUGUACAAUUGUGUCUUUCUUUAGAAAAGACUGGGCGUGCAGCUUGUGUGUGAGUAUGCUCGAAAUGAGCAGCACAACCUACGGAGGAAUGGACGGUCACCAUGGAAACAAAAAUGGAAAUCAUGUUGGAGUUGAAGUCACACCGGAUUUAUUGGCAUCAUGGGACAAGAAGUGCCAAAGUCAGAGGGCUCAGAACAUUAAGUUUUUUUUUUUUUUUGUUUUUUGUUUUUUUCAGAGGAGGAUGAACUGAAUAAACUUAACUAAAAAUUCUCAUUGUGUUUUAGAGAAAACAGUCACUAUCUCUGUGCCUUCAAGAAUGAUGCCUUUUUUUGAUCAAAUGCUGUAAAUUAAAUUAGUCAUGAGAGUAAUUUAUUAAUUGUAUUAGUUUGUGUUGCUAUUUAUGGUUUAUUUUGUGCUCUGUUGACUAAAUCAAUAAAUUAUUGUAUUCAU